AUGAAGAUUCAGAGCUCAAAAAUGGACAGAAAGCAUGGAAAAUACAUAGUGAAUGUUGAACACUCUGAAAACCAGCCACCUAUCACGUGUUCAAAUGACCAAGAAGCUCACAGCCCUGCACGCUGGCAUCUACCUUCCAAUGACAUAAUCGAUGAUGUCCCUUCCAACUUAACUGGGGUCUGUGUGAGCCCAGGUGUUCUCGCACACUCAGGAUACCCACACACAGAAUUAUCUCAUACACAGGUGAAAGGAAAUGGCUGCUGUAACUGGUCUCUGUGGAACGUCUUUUUGGCUUGUCUCUUGGCCUGUGUGAUCACAACAGCAAUUGGAGUCCUCGUAAUAUGCUUGGUGAAUAAUAGAGGAAACAACAACUCUACCAUUGUUAUCAACCUACCCUCAAAGGAUAGGGAGCCUGUAAUUAUCGUUCAUGAAACCACGACUGCUUCUCCACCUACAGUGACCAUCACAUCAGCUGAACCUGCAACCACAGCCAGUGCAACAUCCACUGGCCCUCCAACCACAGCCAGUGCAACAUCCACUGGCCCUCCAACCACAGCCAGUGCAACAUCCACUGGCCCUCCAACCACAACAGACACAACCACCUCUCUAACAACAGCGUCCACACUUCCACUUGAACUUACGACUGGAGCAACCUCCACUCCCAGUUCAAGUUAA